AUGCCCAGAAUGGAAAACCCAGCCCUCAACCUGGCCAACCGAGACCUCGAGCGGGCCUUGUGGAAUCUGCGCCGCAUCCAUCUGGAAUUGCUGCGCGAGACGAAGCCGUGUGGCCCGGAGGCGCGCGAGUUCCGGAAGCACGUGCAGCAGGCCAAGGCCCUGUUCGAGAGGGGGGUGCAGCAGACCGACUCGGUGGAGAGGGCGUUGAGCCCUGCGCCGGAGAUGCCUGCCGCCGAUAGACUGAGUAAGUCUGCUGAGAGGCGUCGUGUCCGUCAUUCUUCGGGCCCCGAGCCGGACAGCCCGGCCGGCGUCAUACCCCCGCGCCGCGGGAGCCUUCAAGGCUCUGAAAAGCGUCGUGUUCGGUUCAUCCUCUAG